UUAGCACCACUUCCCUGCCUGAUAUGACGAAUUGUUUCUAGCCAUGCAGCGAAACAAAUGCUCAACAGCCUGAACCCCACACCAUAUCUCAGCGUCACUUACACCAUCACCGUCAAAAUCUUUGAGCUUGUGUGCAGUGGUAGGGGAUAUGCUUGUGCAAAGAGACGGAGGGAGUAUGAGUACCAUUCAUAUACAUUUCAAGCCUGUCUUGCCAUUCGGAUUUCCAGCCAUGCCACGGGUUGAAGGUCAGCGACGCCCCAAGUUCAUGCGCCGACCAUGGCUUAUGAUGCCACCGGCCAGCCGUUGGUCGUCACCUAGAGCAGCCGUCGAAUCGUUCAGCCGCCACUACAAGCGUAGCAAACACAGAUUGGGCUCAACUUCCAUCGAUCAGUGUCCUUGUUCGACAUGCACAGCCCAUCUUGUUUGUGUGCAUAACCCUUCUCGCAUCGUCUAGUAGUCACAGGAAUCUCAUAUCAUUCCCUCAAUGUUUCUAGUGCCCAGCGAAUUCGCCGGCGUUUCUGGCCAGCAAGUGACUCGGACCUGAUCCUUCUGCUUCCGGAACU